AUGCCUGCGGCCAUGGAAUGGGAGGCGAUUGCCUCUCGUCACCGAUCCAAGCAACAGCAUAACAUUCCACAAGAGUGGAAAAUUUCUGAUGAUGAAUUAAACAAGCUUCGAGGCAAGGAAACAACCCAAGAGGGUCGACUGAUAGCCCGAGAUGUUGCUCAAAAAUCGACAUUAUUGAACGACAGGGAACUUGACAUUACAGGAAGAUACAACGCAAGACAGUUACUGCACAAGAUUCAUCAAGGGGAUCUCACAUCUGAGGAAGUCACCGUGGCAUUUUGCAAGCGUGCUGCUCUCGCCCAACAGCUUGAUUCCUACAUCGUCAAAGGCCAUUAUGCUACAGUCGGCUAUGUCGAGUUUCUCAAAAGGCCGUUGCCCACUUCCAAUUCGGCAAUGGUCAAUCUUCUUCUGGACGCAGGAGCCGUCUUGUUUUGUAAAACAAACGUGCCUCAAACAAUGAUGACCGCCGACUCAGAGAAUAACAUUUUCGGAAGAACUCUGAAUCCCCACAAGACAAAUCUGACCGCCGGAGGCUCGACCGGCGGUGAAGGAGCUCUCGUGGCAUUCAGGGGCUCGGUAUUGGGCGUUGGCACCGAUAUUGCAGGGUCCAUCCGGAUUCCCUCUCUUUGCUGCGGCAUCUAUGGCUUCAAGCCUACUGCCGAUCGAACGCCAUUUGGAGGGCAAGCCUACUAUCCUUUCCGAAAGCUCCGUCUCCCCGGAGUCACGCCUGUUGCCGGGCCGAUGGCAAACUCAGUUGACGAUCUCACUUUGUUCAUGGAAACAGUGCUUGCACGCCGCCCUUGGUGUUACGACGCAUCUGUAGUCAGCGGACCUUGGAGAAACUCUGAGAGGUCCAACAAGACCUUGACCAUUGGCGUUCUUCCCGAAGACCCAGACUACCCGUUGCAUCCUCCAGUUCGACGAGCUCUUGAAGAUGCAGUCGCAAACCUGACUUCCGCAGGGCACAAAGUUAUCCGAUUGCCAGCAACUCCGGCCUGCAGUGCUAGUCUCGGCGGAAAAAUCGGUUUCCACUACUUUGGGCUCGGAUCUUCCGGUUUGGAUGCCCUAGCGAGUGAGAUUGGUGAGCCUCUUGUGCAUUCUGUUAGUCGGGGCGUUCAUCCUUUCACGAGUUCAAAGCCUCUCAUUCCUAGAGAGUUGGACACAGUACACCAACUCGACGAGUUCCUUGGCCUGCAGGCCUCCUACGCCAACAGCUGGAAGGAUGUCUGGAUAGAGCAUCGACUGGAUGUUGUUAUUGGUCCUGGAGCUAUCAGCACCGCGGUUCCCCAUGAUACUUACGGUACCCCCGUUUAUACUUUGAUGUGGAACGUACUCGAUUAUCCUGCCGGAAUCAUACCAUUUGGCGUAUCAUCAAAAGAGAAAGACCCUCACUACCAAAAGGCAAUCUCAGACUUUGAUGCAGAUUAUGACCCGGAAGAAAGCGACGGCGCCCCAUGUUCAAUUCAAGUCAUUGCCCCUCGCUUCCACGAUGAAGAAUGUCUGGAAGCGAUGCGAAUCAUUGACAGAGACAUCCGAGCAUGA